AAUUCCGCUCAGUUCAGUAGCACUUGGACAACGGAAAACGCAAGGUUUCCGCUCCGUGCAAUUCUAACAAUCCGGUGUGUGUCCAAUUUUAGAUUGUUUAUGUCUCCUAAUCCGAAUUGACACCAGAAAUUAGAAUAGGAAAAAAAUUCGAGUGAGUCAUCCUAGACCAUGCAUGACGACGAAACGAUAUGGAAAGAAUAUUUUCAAUUUUCGAUGGAUCCAUUUUCAUAGUUGAAUCGAUGUAGUGAAGGGUAACCUCAAGAAUAUGCCAAUCAAACUAUUUUAUAACGAUAUGAGUCCUGCCUGUAGAGCUGUCCUGAUGACAGCUAAGGCCCUCGCAAUAGAAUUAGAAUUGGAGAAAAUUAACAUUUACACUAAGGGACAUAUCGACGAAAAUUUAAUCAAACUAAACCCUAACCAUACGAUACCAACUCUUGUUGACAAUGAUAUUGUGAUAUGGAAUAGCUAUGAAAUUGUGUGUUACUUGGUGGAAAAAUAUGGAAAAGAAGAGAAUUUGUACCCGAAGGAUCCACCAGAAAGAGAUUUAGUUGAUGAAAAGCUGAAAUUCGAUUCGAAAACUUUAUUUCCUAGGAUAAGCACAAUCAUUAGCUCUGUAGUGGUUGAAAAUGACAAGGAAAUAUCAACAGACAAAAUAAGUGCAAUUACCGAAGCAUACAAACUAUUGGACACAUCUUUAGAAGAUAAGAGAUACCUUGCUGGAGACCAUUUAACUAUAGCAGAUUUUUGCUGCGUUUCUAGUGUUAGUACUGCGACCAUAAUUAUACCAAUAUCAACAGAGAAAUACCCAAAUUUGUCCAACUGGUAUAGAAAUCUACAAAAUUUCGAAUAUUAUGAAGAGACCAAUGGCAAAGGACUGAAUCAACUCGACGCAUUGGUUGAACUGAAACUAGGAAGACCCAGAAAUGAAGAUAUAUGUGAAUGAAUUGAAUCCUACUUUUAAUCGAAAUAAUUUAUUAAAUUGAUAAUAUUUAUAUAAUAACUUUUCGCACAUAUACCAAACUUCAUAAUACAAAUUUGUAUUAUGUUUACAAUUAUUACAUAUUGUUAUGAGGAUUUAUUCAGAUGAAGUUGAUUUAUGUUUCUAUAUAUUUACUAUAUACCGCUACAGAAAAAAAUGUCUCAUUGAAAUAAAUACAUCUCAAA